AACACCAGAGCUGGUAACUUGGGCGGGGUUCACUUCAACCUCCCAGAUCACCAUCACCAUGUCUCGUCGCGGCGUUGGCCUCGGGGCCUUUGCCAACCGCACUCAAGCAACACAGUCCUUUGCCACCCAUGGCGCUAACUUACGCUCCACGCAUACGGCGUCUCUCCAAACUCAGCUCUCGGUCUUCCAGUCCUUACUCCAUACCUUCGCCCUAGAGCAUAGCUCCACCAUUAAAUCCAAUCCUACCUUCCGGGCCGAGUUCGCGCGCAUGUGUAAUACGAUCGGGGUCGAUCCUCUUGCUGCGAGUAACGUCAAAGGCAAAAAUGGCCGUCGCGGACUUGGCGAAGGUGGUAGUUUCUGGACGCAGAUCAUGGGCGGCGAUAUGAACGACUUCUACUUUGAGGUUGCUGUCCGUGUUGUGGAACUAUGCCGGGAUACAAGGGAGGAGAACGGCGGGUUGAUCGGAGUAGAAGAAUGUCGAAAGCGAGUACGUAAGGGAAAGGCCAUUGGAAGUGGACUAGAGGUUUCUGAGGAUGAUAUUCUCCGCGCCGUCCGAUCUCUAGAACCUCUCGGUUCCGGCUUCUCUAUCGUCCAUGUUGGCUCCAAACAAUACAUUCGGUCUAUUCCAAAGGAACUGAACACCGACCAGGCGACCGUGCUUGAAGUGAUACAAAUGCUUGGGUUCGUGAGCGUCUCGAUGCUACAACUAAACUUGAACUGGGAGAAGGCCCGGGCGCAGACUGUCAUUGACGAUCUACUUGCCGAUGGCCUUGUUUGGCUGGAUGCUCAGGGUCCGGAGAAGGAGUACUGGUCACCCCAGAACCUGCUGGAUGAUAGUGGAUGAAUAGUUCGAUCAGGACACCUCGGAUAUUGAUAUAUGAAACACUUACUACACGAUGGUCCAUCGAGAGACCACGACAACCUGACAGGGAAGAGACUCCCUUGCACCGCCCACCAACGGGCAUUCUCAAGCGCAGGUUCACUUACUUUGGCUAAUUGGAUCUUCAGCGAUUUCAUGGAAGAGAACUAUGAGAACAGCCUCAAGAGUUGCGACCUGGGUCUAAGACCCGCUUGAGAAUCAGUGGAAUUACCUUGGCGCCGCUUGAACUCCCAGGUCUUAACAGUCGACCCUCAAGCCAAGGAAAGAAGUGGCUGAACUAUGAGAAAUGAAAUUGUCACAAAUUUUUUAAAACCUAUACAAAUACCUGCGUCC